UACACAUUCAGCCAUCAGACAGCAGAACUCAGAAGAGCUGACAAGAGUCACCAAAAGAUCUGAAGAAAUCUACUUGAUUUGAAACCUUAAACCAGUCUGACCGUGCUAAGAUGAAGACUUUCAGUGUUGCUGUUGCAGUAGCCAUCGUGCUCACCUUUAUUUGUAUUCAGCAGAGCUCUGCUGUCCCAGUCACUGAGGUGCAGGAGCUGGAGGAGCCAAUGAGCAUUGACAACCCAGUGGCUGAAUAUGAGGAGACAUCAGUGGACUCAUGGCAGAUGCCGUACAACAACAGAGAGAAGCGUGGCAUUAAGUGCAAGUUUUGCUGCGGCUGCUGCAGACCCGGGGUCUGUGGAUUGUGCUGCAGGUUCUGAGGAGUCCUGCUCCAACAACCAUAGUUGUAAAAUUCAGAUUUUUGGUCAUGCUGUAGUUAAUGUGCAUGGACGUCAGUGAUGUGACUGCCUCGUCCACUUAUUUUGCUAAAUAUCUGAUACUGCAGUGUAUUAUCACAAUAAACUUUAGUGUCACUAUAUGAA